GGAAGAGAAUAAAACGAUGACAAACACAGAAAAACCUCAAGAAAAACACAAGGCUGGUAUAUUAGGUUUUAUAUAGCGAAAACUGAAAAGCGUAAAGCCAGCGAAGUAUCAUAAGCAAGUAUAAGUUCGCCCUGUGCGGCGCGAUUUCCCGUCGCCAUCCGUGUGUAAUUGGAUCGUGCCGCGGUCGCCUUCUGCGCUCCUGCCGUGUGUCCGAUCCAUACAGCCCGGUGUCGUCACUCAUUGUACAGGCAGAGGAAGCCGCCCGCCUGUCCUGGGAUUAUCCCCCACCACGGGUGCAGUUCCUGUGUUGGAUGUACGCACAGAGGUCCCAUUGUUCCCAGCCCACUCUGCCUAAUAUGGAAUUCGCAAAGAACCCCAUGAUUUCCUGACACUGACAUAGCAAAGCAGUAGAGAACUAUCGGAGCCACAAGUCUCAAGCCGCAGGAAAAAGAAGAGAGAUCAACUGCAACACAUACUCGUAAAGUCGGAGACAGAGGCUUUAAAGGGAUGAAACUGAGUAAAACGAGCUGUAUUUUUACGGACUUUCAGCCGCCGACGCAAACUUGACAUCAAAGCAAGUGCAGAAAUCGUUUGAGUCAAGGGCGGACGGCUUGAGGAUUUUUAACUCUGUACCCAAGAGGAUAAAGGGGGAUUAACCGACUCGAAGGGAACAGUUGCCCAAGUUGUAGAAAUUGCCAACAAGUUGCAAAUAAGUCCUUUCAGACCGGAAGAGUAAAGUGCCUUUUCGGCUGAGUACGACGGACGAAUUCGGUAAAAAGGAGAAAGUAAUUUGCGGCUGUGCCCGAUCAUGCCUGCUCGCAGCCCCAGACGGCAGCAUGCCCCGGCCAGAAAGGAUGGCAGCGGCGGCGGCGAUGGCUUCAGCAGCGCCCUGAAAAAGAUGCUGAAGUGCGUUGUGGUGGGAGACGGGGCGGUCGGGAAAACGUGCCUGCUCAUGAGUUACGCCAAUGAUGCCUUUCCCGAGGAGUACGUCCCGACAGUCUUCGAUCACUAUGCAGUGAAUGUGACCGUGUCAGGGAAGCAGCACCUACUGGGACUGUAUGACACUGCUGGACAGGAGGAUUACAACCAACUCCGGCCACUCUCCUACCCCAACACGGACGUGUUCCUCAUCUGCUUCUCAGUGGUCAACCCGGCUUCCUACCACAACGUUCAGGAGGAGUGGGUGCCCGAGCUGAAGGCGUGCAUGCCUCAUGUGCCCUACAUACUCAUUGGGACCCAGAUUGACCUACGCGAUGAUCCCAAGACACUUUCGCGUCUGCUCCAUAUGAAAGAGAGACCUUUGACGUAUGAACAGGGCCUCAAGCUGGCAAGAGAAAUCGGAGCGUAGUGCUACCUGGAGUGCUCGGCGCUGACCCAGAAGGGCCUGAAGGCAGUGUUUGAUGAGGCCAUCCUGACCAUAUUCAGCCCCAAGAAGCAGAAGAGGGGCUGCCUGAGCUGCUGUACUGUUUCAUAAGGACCCCAUCCUAAUAGGCAGCCUGUUACGUGCCUGUUUCAGGCUGCUGGGUCCACACCUCUGGGACUGUUCCAUAAUUCCACGCUGGGGUACAUGCACACUAGAAUACAUUGUCUCACACACCGUCCCAGACACUCCCUCGCACAGGAAGAAAUGCAGACAUACUGACAGCGCCACACUGACGGCACAGUAAAAGACGCACAUGGACACACACAUGAACACACACCAUUACCGACAUGAAAACUACCCAGACACGUAACAAACAUACUGACAUUCACCAGCAGACAUACAGGCAGACAGAAGCACUGACCCACAAACGCCCUCCCCCUUGUUCCCAGCCCAAGAAAAGUGAAACAGAGAGCGCCUCAUUCAGGAUUGUCUGAAAGGACCCUCUCCCUCCCCCACACCAAAGACAGUGAGCCAAAGACUCCAGUGAAACUAUGUGGCCUUGUUUCUGCUGCGGAACAAUCUCUGUUUUCGUGCAGCCGUGGGGCUUCCGUCCAAACACGACUCCCUCCCUCAAUCACUCGGCAAUGACCUCAUGACCUUACACUAUAAAGAGGUUCAAGAAAAUGAUAGUCAUUAGGCAGAUAGGUUUUAAUUUGAAUUCUCUCAUAUGAGUAAAUUAUCCUUAGGGGGAUUCCUGUUUUGGGUGAAUACUAAGCUCUGUAGUCCUUUGGCCUUAGUUUACUUACAAAUACAGGAACUCCAGUCAGUCACUCUUCAGAGGACCUGGGAAACAGGCCCCCAGUCUCUUCCUCAGAGCCAGAGCUGAGAUCCAGUUGAUUCGUCUGUCACUACAGUCCACGGAACAGCCAGACAGCGACCAGAGCUACUGUGGACAUGUCAGUUAAGCACUGGGAAGAGUCCCAGCAGACCGCAGAAUGAGUCCCAGCAGACCGCGGAAUGAGUCCCAGCAGACUGUAGAAUGUCACAUUUUCAGUUUUGCCAGUGAUAUAGUGCAAAUAUAUACCACAGUGCUACAAUGUGUGAUUUGUUUUUAAUGUUCUCUGUAUGUUUUGAACACUUUUGAAAAUUCACUGAGUCACACAUCCAGAGUGCUGGCUACUGAUUGCAGGGAAAGAGAAGUUGUCCCAUAAAGCGGACCUGUUCCAUUGGUCAAUUUUUGUGCUCAGAGGGGCCAGACAUUCAUUAUUAAAGAGGAACGUCACAGCUGACAGGGACGGCUGAUUCAGCCUGGACUUUGAUGACACCAAACGGACAGGAACAUGUGGGUUAGAGGCGACCUACCGAGGUCUUGUCUGACAGCUCAAACUGUUGCUGUUCUUGGCAGUGUACUCUGUGUCCACAAAGAUAGAUCAUGUCACACAAAAAAAGGUCUUUGAGUAGGUGCUGAAGAUAAAUCCUUCAGAACUCCAUGUGAAGACUUCAGUAGACAGAGCAGUUUCUGCGUGUUAAGCGCUUUUACAUUUAUUCCACUAGUUUGUUCCUGCUUUUGGAGUGACCUACACAUCCUUUCAGGCCAAAGUACUGUAGAAACACAACACUGGACUAUAUGCUGCAGUUCUUUUUCAUUCAGCUGCUUAGGAAGCAGGAAUAUUUCAAGUGACUGAAAUGCAGUUGGUUGUGAUCUGUUGUGACCGGAGCACUAGGUACCUCAUUCAAAGGCACGGCAGUUAUUCCCUCUUGGAACAGGAACCGUCAGCCUUCAGGUCAACAGCUCACACAACUGCGCUUAACACUUCGGAUUCGAUUCCUCUCAGUCCUGUUCACUCGUGAGCCUCAGCUUUGCUUCCCAGGGGCAGCACGGAAACCCAGAGCUGCCUUCUGUCAGAACUUCCUGCCUGACACACCGGGAACUCAUCACUGGAAUUAGCCUGGAAGGCUAAGUGCUAACUGUUUGGCUUUCUGUACCUCUGCAGUGAUGUCACGUCCUAUAAGCACGGGAAUGAGCCCGGGACUCUAAACCCAAACCUGCACCUCUGUCCUCCCCUCUUCUGGGAUCUUAAGGACCUUCCAUGGCAAGACUGAAGAGUCCAUGUGCAUGAUAUGCUGCAAAGAGUCGUGGAGCUACCGAAGAGUGCCUUAAUGGGCCAUGGGGAACGAGUGCCAUUCAUCCUAAUGCCAAGUGCCGACCCAAGCGUAGGGUUGCAGAGCUUACGGGAAUAUCACAGUCCUCCUGCCCGUCAGUGCCAUUACUAACGAGACAGCCUUUUCUUCUCAUAUAGGCUUCUGCCACCAUGCUAGUUUCUGCAGUUGUCAGACAAUUGCAUUAUUAUUAACUUAAGGGUAUUUCUUAAUGAGGUUCAUUGAAAUAAUGUGAACAUUGUAUUAUAAUGAUAGUGAAAAUGUCAAUGAUUGUUAUCUUCUGAAAGGUUCGGCUGUUUGGGAUCAGUCGCAGAGCUUUGUUUUACAUACAUAGUCCUGCCACCUGAAUUCUUUUUGAGUUUUGUGUCAAUCAUGCUUUGAAUGACAAUAGUCAAGAUUGUCUGGCAUGUAUUUUCUUGUGGGUAUUUCAACACCAGCUUGGGCAGACGGUUUGCUGGUGACCCCUGGGAAGAGCUCCUCUUUUUCCUGUGUGCUCGACUGGGGUGCUCCUACAGACAGGCCACCUUGCUCUAUGGCACAGUGUCCUGCAGGUAUCCUGCCCCAUGGUCCUUCAGCCCCCCCCAGAGCUCACAGAAACGUUUCCACCCCCUGAGCUUCACUCCAGCUCUGAGCGGCUCUCCUCCUAUCUCAUCUCUCUUCUUGCUCGCGUCGGAUCCUGUGCUUUCAUUUGUCUAUAUGUUCGGCCAUGAAAGGAAUCCUGCUUUGCCUACAGGAUGUGAAGGGUGGGUGAACAGUUUUAAAGUGAAAACAAGAGCUCAGCGUCCAGGAAGAGAGAAGCAUCUCCCUCCUCAGAGCAGCUUAGCUGGUUCUGUGCCUCAUCUGGACGAGACGCUUCUUCCUCACUGUGUCCUCUGCCCUAAAAGACACGGCCUGUGUUUUCUAUGCUAAUGCACCAUACUUUAUUCUUCCAGAUUCAGCCCUGCUGUCAAGCCCAAUACGACUCGAAUGUAUCAAGUGUGAUCUGGGUUUGUUUAAUAUGCCGGUGCAAUUCCUUCCCCUGUGCACGCUGUACAUUUGGUGCACUGAUGAUUUGAGACGAAUUCACAGCCUGGAAUCCCCUGUUGCAUAAAUAGAUAAGAGCAAUUAAACAUUUAAUGUUU